AAACAUGCUGUUGGAAGUUGGCUAGCUAGCCAGGAUGAUAACGUAGCUAGCUGUAAUAUCUCAGCACAUUGAGGAAGCAAAUUCAUCUAUCGUCAUGGACACACUUCGGAAAGCAGGACGAGGCAGCACAACAUGCGUUUUCAUUGCGUUAGUUGUGGCGACGUGUCUUGAAACGAUUCGUGCUUUCGGCCAUAGCCAAGACAGCGAAUUCACGUUUAUCUUACCAGCCGGAAGAACCGAAUGCUUCUUCCAAACGGCUGCGAAGAACGUUACCAUGGAAGUGGAGUAUCAGGUGAUAGCCGGUGCAGGUAUGGAUGUAGAUUUCAAAGUUCUCUCUCCUCACGGGUUCCAGCUCAUCUCUGAGUUCCGCCGCUCAGACGGAGUCCACAUGGUGGAACCUACGGAGGCAGGAGACUACCAGAUCUGUUUUGACAACAGCUUCAGCCGCUUCUCGGAGAAGAUGGUCUUCUUCGAGGUCAUCAUCGAGGGACAGCCGGGCGACGUGGGCGGGGAUGACGAGUGGGCGGGGCUUGGCGAGCCUGAGAGCCUAUUGGAGUACAAGCUGGAGGACAUUAGGGAGUCCAUAGACUCAGUACACCGUCGGUUAGAGAGAAGUCAUCAGAUGCAGACGGUACUGAGAGCGUUUGAGGCCAGGGACCGUAACCUGCUAGAAGACAACCUGUGGAGAGUCUCCUUCUGGUCCUGUACCAGUCUCAUUGUAAUGCUGGGGGUCGCACUAACUCAGGUCUAUACCGUCCGCAGACUGUUUGACGAUAAGAGGCGUGUCUGUACAUAAAGACACGCCCACUCCGCCACCUCACAGCCAAUCAGGGUUAAGGUGGGAAGAGGAGAGGAGAGGAAGGAAGACGAGGAAGCAGAGGAGGAUACAGAAGAGUAAAUAUCCUGUAUCACGAAUUGCACCCUAUUCCCCAUCUAGAGUCUAUCUCUGGUCAGGAGUUUAAAUUAAACAUUUUUAAUUGAACCUUUAUUUAACUAGGCAAGCCAGUUAAGAUUUACCUAGGGGCAGAACGACAGAUUUGUACCUUGUCAGCUCCGGGGAUUCGAUCCAGCAACCUUUCGGUUACUGGCUCAACGCUCUAACCACUAGGCUACCAGCCGCGCCUAGUAGUGCACUAUCUAGGGAAUAGGGUGCUAUUUGGGACGCUGCCGUACAACUUUGCCAUCUGGGCUCAACACAGUGCCUUUUACUCCCUGGGUAGUGUUCAUUAGACACAGAACUAGACAACAGUUAGAAGUGACGGAGGUCCUGCCUCAAUUUGUCCAAUAAGAAUGUUCACUUUUGCGUUCCCGGGAAAACAUUUUUCCGACCUGUUUGUGCUUAUUGAACGCAGCUCUGGGACCGUGUCCACAAAGAGUCCAUGUCAUCUGAUUCAUUAUGAUCUAAAGGGCCGAACUGAUCCUAGAUCAGCCCUCGUACUCUGAGAGACUUCAUGUUCAUUCAUUUUUUUAGUUUUGGAUCAUCCCAUAGAAAUAGAAUCACUAGAAUGAGAGACUCAUCGUUUGUAGAUCAGUGGGUCAAGGGGCGGACUGGCAUUUCGGGCAAAUACCAGAUGGGCUGGUUCAUUUUUAGCCCAGUGGCCCUGUCUCAAUUAGCAUUUUGUAAAAAUGAUAUAAUAUAAUUUUUACAAAAUGAAAAUGUUCUAUAUCUAAUAAUGCGUGCGUCAUGGGAAAAAAAUGGGUCAGUGUGUUAGAAAUUCUGCCCCUGAGUCAGUCAAAUCAAAUGUAUUUAUAUAGCCCUUCGUACAUCAGCUGAUAUCUCAAAGUGCUGUACAGAAACCCAGCCUAAAACCCCAAACAGCAAGCAAUGCAUGUGAAAGAAGCACGGUGGCUAGGAAAAACUCCCUAGGAAAAACUCCCUAGAAAGGCCAAAAACCUAGGAAGAAACCUAGAGAGGAACCAGGCUAUGAGGGGUGGCCAGUCCUCUUCUGGCUGUGCCGGGUGGGUAUUAUAACAGAACAUGGCCAAGAUGUUAAAAUGUCAGUCAGUCAUCAUUUACCCACAAUGCAUCAAGGAUGUGAUCCGCUCAAAAGUGCACGUUGGGUUUAAAUCUCUCUAGUAAUUGAAUUUCUAUGGAUCCUCCUAUUUUACCAGAACAAGCCCCACCCAACCCCUAAUGUCCUCUCAUUGGUCCAUGUCUUUGUGAUGUUGUGGGUAACCAAUCACCUUUUUUUGGUGUUACCGAGUUUUAUGUGCCAGUAAGAUUCUAUGCUGAUAUCUAGAUGAACAGGUAUGUUUGUGGGUGUUUUUCCGUGGGUGUGGGUGGAUGGGUGUGUGUGUGGGUGGAUGGGUGUGUGUGUGGGUGGAUGGGUGUGUGUGUGGGUGGAUGGGUGUGUGUGUGGGUGGAUGGGUGUGUGUGUGGGUGGAUGGGUGUGUGUGUGGGUGGAUGGGUGUGUGUGUGGGUGGAUGGGUGUGUGUGUGGGUGGAUGGGUGUGGGUGUCCAUCUAACUUCAGUUGUGGUUAAGGGGACAGAAACAGUUUACAGAGAACCUAGUUUACCGUUGAUCCUAAAGCUUUCGCUACGUCCCAAUCCUCCACCCUUCCCCCCCCCAUACUUGCCUUGCACACACUCAGUCAUGGGUUUAAUGGUUGAAACUCCCUCCAGCCAAUGACUACACCAUUCCAAUGCUUUUUAAACCAUAACAAAAAGUGUACGAGUGCAGACGUUGGGAGAUGGGUGGAGAAUUUGGAGGCAACCUGUGAUUGUAACUAAGAAGGGAGUGGUACUUUGAGCAUUCUUAACCAUGUUGCCAUGGCAGCCAGUGAUUUUAAUGUUGUUUUUUACACAAUAAAAGACAGAACAUUUGA